AUGUCCGAAAUCGUUGACGGCGUUGAAAGGUACCCUGCCACGGGCAAGAAAGUGCUAGUCGUAGGCGCAGGAAAUGGAGGUCUCCAGGCAGCAUUGGAGUGUUGGCGCAAGGGGUUUGAUGUUGAGCUACUGGAGAAGCAGGACCGCAUUUCGCCUCUCGGCGACUUCUUCGCCGUCAGUCCACCGGGCGUCGCGACUCUGAAGUACUAUCCGACCAUGAAGGCCGAUUACGAGAAGCACUCGUCCAAGGGCAAACUGAAGACUCUAGGACCAGACGGUACCAAGCUUUGGGAGGGCGAGUGGGAAUGGGCACUUCCUGGUGCUCCACAUGCUGCUCCAGACAUAGACAUGUGCUUUGCUAUUCGGAGGCCAGUGUUCACAACUAUGCAAGUGGACCAGCUGACUCGACUCGGCAUUCCAAUACACUUUGGUGCAGACGUCGUCCACGCGGAAGAGAAGGAAGACGGCUCCGCUGCUAUAGUAACCACAAAGGCCGGCGAAAAGUACACUGCAGAUGUUUGCAUUGCAGCAGAUGGAGUGCACUCUGGUUUCUAUCGAAGUCGGAAGGACACAGUCAAUGUCGGCGACAGUGGAUAUGCGAUUUCGCGUGUUGCGUUCCCCGUGGACGCAAUCAAGCCAGGCUCCUUAGCAGAGAACGUCGUCAAAGAUGGAACCCAAUUCCGUACCUACUGUGGUCACGAAGUCCAUAUGAGUAUCAUGGUAUGCGACGGCUAUAUAUCGCCGGCUUUGACACAUAGAGCAACAGAUAGCUCGAAGGAGUCGUGGCACAACCUCAAAGAGCCCGAUUAUCUGGUUCAGAAAUUGUCUGAAGUCCACCCAGAGUUCGAUCCGGAAGCUCUCGAUGUCCUUCACCAAACGCCAGAGCGGACAGUGGACUGGCGACUCAUGUGGCGCGAUGGAUCGGAACGGUGGACGUCGGAACACGGCCGUAUUAUUGCACUUGGAGAUGCUGCUCACUCCUUUUUCCCAACAUCCGCGAACGGUGUAGUCCAGGCCCUUGAGGAUGGCCUCUCGCUGGGCGAAUGUCUUCGUCUGGGUCAAAAGGACAUAGGCUGGGCCACAAAAGUGCACAACAAGUUAAGAUUCCAACGCACUUCGAUUCUUCAGAGAACUGGAUUUGUCAAUCGCGAAGAGAUGCACCACGUCAAUCCUGAAGCUAUUCUAAAAGGCGAAGAGAGAGGCGAAGUCGGUCACUACCGUCAAGGUAAAUGGGCAUGGGGUCACAACGCAGAGUUGUACGCAAGAGACAACUACGAAAAAUGCUUGGACUCCCUCAAGAAUGGGGGUGCAUUUGAGAACACAAACCUCCCACCAGGACAUGUUUACAAGCCCUGGAAUCUCGAGUCUGAGCUCGAGCGAAUGGCGAGUGGCAGACGGUCAAGCCUGAAAGAGAACGGCGAUUGGGGCUCUUGA